CAGCAGUUGCCCUCCCUUGAAGUUUCGCUUCCCAUUGUAAACACAACGGCAUAUGGUGCAAGCGAGCGAGGUCUGGCUCAAGUUCCCGCGUUGUUAGAAUAGAAGGCCAAUGUCGGAGAGCAACCACACGGAAAUCCAAAUCCGUGCCCUAACCGGCGAAUCAGUCACUCUUCUCGUCACUCCCACCACAACCCUCCACCACCUGAAGCUUCUCCUCCGCCAUUCAUUCCCCCCCGCCACCACCUCCCCCAAUUUCCACCUCUUUUUCAAGGGUGAGAAAUUGCGAUUGCAGACUCAAAUUGCCUCUUACCCCAUCCAACGUGACGAGUUUCUCGUCCUCAUCCCCUUCACCAAAAAGGAAAAGGAACCUUCUAGAACAUCCGAAUUUCUUCUGCCUAAUGUUCCUCACACUACCAAUGCUUCAAGUUCGACAUCUGAACUCGCGGAUUCUACGUGGUCCUCCAUAAAGGAGGAUUUAUCACUUUUACGUGAUGCUACUGAGAGUAAUGCGUCUAAUUCCGAGUCAGGAAAUGAAAAACCGUUGGAGACCUCAACCGAAAGGGGUUUAAGUCGUGAGAAGCAGAUGGAGCUUCCCUAUCAUCUUAUACUGAACACAUUGCGAGAUGGUAGCGAGGGUGGUCCACUUGGCGAGCACAAUUGCGAGGUUUUCGCGAAGGUUUUGGAAUCCGUGAAUUGUUUAUCGGAACUGCCUCUCGGACACUGCAAGUUGCUGAAACGAGCUCGUUCGAAAGAAGGUGGUGGAGGCGGCGGCGGCCUGAGAAAACGUGUCAGUGACGGUGUUAUAUGUUUGUGUCCACCGUGGUUGAAGAUAGUGGUGAAGGCGUUUGCAUUUGUGAACAUUUUUUCCGCGUUUAUUUAUUUGCAACUUCGAGAUUUGACCUCGAGUCUGCUGGAGGAGGCGCUUAGUGAGCUUGCUAAGUUUGGGGUUAAACUUGGCCUCGGUGACAUCAAGAAUCUUUCGCUUCUCUGUCCUCAUAUGGUAUGUUUCAGGGAUGAUGUAGAGAAGACAAGUUUUGGUGAUAACAUUGUUGUCCUUAAUCAUUCAACAGACAAUAAAGAUAUAGUUGAAGAAAAUCCUAAAAGAGUGCGCAAGUGGUUGUAUAUUUCAAAGACUGUCAGUACAUUGAAGAGAAGGGACAGUUCUUUCCGUAAAUUUCUAGGACGGGCUUUUGAACAGCUGCCGUAUGAAUUUGGAGAUGAGAUGACUGUGGGGAUUUCCUUGGAAGAGUUGCUUGUUGCAGUCAAGGACAAUGAUUUUGUCAAAAAAGAAGACAAACCCAAACGUGUAAAGAGAAACAAAACUACCUCAAAAUCUGACCUAAACCAUAUUGGGUGUCAUGACACAAAGUCAUUAACGGCUGUAGAGAUGAUUGAUCAUCUUAAGAAAGGAAUUGGAUCAGAAGGGCAGAUUGUGCAUAUUGAAGACAUAUGUGCCAGGAAAGCAAUUUACAGCGAGAUCCCUAUUGAUCUAUCAGAGAAAAUGAGAUCUGCACUGAAGUGUAUCGGAGUUUCCAAAUUUUACUGUCAUCAGGCAGAGUCUAUACAAGCUUCUCUUCAUGGUGAAAAUGUUGUUGUGGCUACAAUGACAUCUAGUGGCAAAUCCCUUUGCUAUAAUCUACCAGUUCUAGAAGUUUUGUCUACGAAUUCAUCUUCAUGUGCUUUGUACAUAUUUCCCACAAAGGCAUUAGCUCAAGAUCAACUAAGAGCUUUGUUACACAUGACAAAAGGAUUUGAUAACGACUUUAAUAUUGGUAUAUAUGAUGGUGAUACUUCUCAGAGUGAGAGGAUGUGGCUCCGUGAUAAUUCUAGAUUGUUGAUCACAAAUCCAGAUAUGUUACACAUAUCAAUCUUGCCCCAUCAUCAACAGUUUAGUCGAAUUUUAUCAAACCUAAGGUUUGUGGUAAUUGAUGAAACUCAUACUUACAAGGGAGCGUUUGGAAGUCACACCGCCCUUAUUUUGAGGAGGCUAGAACGACUCUGUUCAUAUGGUUUAGAGCUUUGCAAAACAUUUCCAUAUAAACUUGUGUAUUUAAAUUUUAAAGGGAACUGUGAAUCAACAAUUUGGUUCUACUUGCAGUAUAUGGAUCUGUUCCUUCUUUUGUUUUUUCUACUGCAACUUCUGCAAAUCCUCGGGAGCAUUCUAUGGAACUUGCAAAUUUAUCUACGCUGGAGCUAUUUCAGAAUGAUGGAAGUCCAUCUACAAGGAAACUUUUUGUCCUUUGGAACCCUGCUGUGCGUCCAAAAUCUUUCAUUAAAAAAGCUCAGUUUGCUAUGGGAACUGAUGAGUUGGCUGAUGAAAGUGCUAAUUUUGUUCGUUCAAGGUGAUAAUCCUUAUAUCCCAAUUGUGGAUGCUUCACGUAUUUUUGCAGAAAUGGUUCAGCACGGUCUUCGCUGUAUUGCAUUUUGUAGAUCACGGAAACUUUGUGAGCUUGUUUUAUCCUACACCCGUGAGAUUCUUCAUGAGACAGCCCCGCAUCUGGUUGAUUCCAUAUGUGCAUAUCGUGGUGGCUACAUUGCAGAGGAAAGAAGAAAGAUAGAGAGUUCAUUUUUUGGUGGUGAAAUAUGUGGUGUUGCGGCAACCAAUGCUCUUGAGUUGGGCAUUGAUGUUGGAGAAAUUGAUGCCACUCUGCAUCUAGGAUUUCCUGGUAGCAUUGCAAGCUUAUGGCAACAAGCUGGUAGAGGUGGGAGGAGAGAUAAACCAUCGCUUGCUGUCUAUGUUGCAUUUGGGGGGCCUCUUGAUCAAUACUUCAUGAGACAUCCCAAUAAACUUUUUGGAAGACCAAUUGAAUGUUGUCAUGUUGAUUCUCAAAACAAAAAGAUUCUUGAGCAACAUUUGGUCUGUGCUGCUCAUGAACACCCUCUAAGUGUGAACUACGAUGAACACUAUUUUGGUCCUUGCUUGGAGAGUGUUAUAAUUUCUCUAAAAGCUGCAGGGUACUUGAGUUCUAUUCUAUCAUCUGAUUCUUCUAGAAUAUGGAACUACAUUGGUCCUGAGAAAUUACCCUCACAUGCAGUCAAUAUCCGAGCAAUAGAAACUGUUAGAUACAGUGUCAUAGAUCAGAAAAAAUAUCAAGUCCUUGAAGAGAUAGAGGAAAGCAAGGCAUUCUUUCAGGUAUAUGAAGGUGCUGUGUACAUGUGCCAGGGGAAAACCUAUUUGGUUGAAAAAUUAGAUCUGUCUAAUAAAACUGCUUUCUGCAAAGAGGCUGAUCUAAAGUAUUAUACAAAGACUCGAGAUUACACUGAUAUUCAUGUCAUUGGGGGUAAUGUUGUAUGUAUUCUCCUGCUUGCUCGAGAUCCUUUGGAUUAUCUUCAUGAGUUUUAUAGUGCCUAUCCGCUCAAAGUAGAAACGAACAAGUUUCCAAAAUCAAAUGCCCGGGCUGAUAUAUGCAAAGUAACAACGACUUGGUUUGGCUUUUAUCGUAUUUGGAGAGGAAGCAAUCAAAUCUUUGAUGCUGUUGACCUCGCACUUCCUCAUUACUCAUACGAGUCACAGGCAGUUUGGGUUCCUGUGCCACUGUCUAUAAAAGAAGCAGUAGUCAAGCAAGCUUAUGAUUUCCGUGGAGGUCUGCAUGCUGCUUCACAUGCAAUUUUGCACGUAGUGCCUUUACACAUCACUUGCAACUUGUCUGACUUGGCUCCUGAAUGCCCAAACCCUCAUGAUGCCCGAUUUUAUCCCGAAAGAAUUCUAAUAUAUGAUCAACAUCCCGGAGGAUGUGGAAUUUCAGUGCGGGUUCAACCCUAUUUUACAAAGUUCCUGGAAGCCGCACUAGAGCUUCUCACAUGUUGCUGCUGCUCAGCGGAAGUGGGUUGCCCUAAUUGUGUUCAGAGCUUUGUUUGCCAUGAAUACAACGAGGUUUUGCACAAGGAUGCAGCCAUCAUGAUCAUAAAGGGUAUUCUGGAUGCGGGAAACUAGUAAUUCAAAGCAUGUGCUUGGCUAAUUUGAAGGCAUGUUAAGGAAAAAGCACCAAUGAAGUUUUCUUCUAUAAAGUUUUAACUCUUCAAUUUUAGUGAAUUAAGAUUACAAAGCACUAUAAAUUAAAGGCGCACAUGCCUUUAUUUUUCUUUAGAACUUGUUCUUAUUGUCUGGUUAGUUAGGAAAGUUGAAUGUUAAAAUAAAUUGCAUUGAAUGUGAAAUGUUAAGAAAUAAAUAAAGUGCCUAUUUCAA